AUGUACUCAAUUCUCUUCACCGUCUUCAUUUCCUCAGUCCUCUGCACCGACCCCCGCAUCCUGCACCUCCCCAAACGCAGUCAUGACCUCCCCAAAGUCUCCCUCCCAUGCGUAAUUCGCUCUGGAACUAUAUCGCCUCUCUUCGGAAGCACAAACACCACAUGGGCCUCCGCAUCUGAAUGCCCACCGCCAGACAAGCUCAAGAAAGACGCUGCUGGCUCCUGUGGCCCCCUCAAGACCCCAGACUGCGCUGCCUACUGCGAAGAAAAGACAGCUUGGUUCUACGGCCGCGAGAUAGAAUUCCCAUUGCAAUGUCAAUCCAACAGCAAAUGCACACUCACCACCACCGACACUAUUACUGUGACGAAUUCGUAUACGGUGAAUGUCGGGCUGGAUGGUUCAGCAGGUGACGCGAAAACCGGACUCCUCAGCGCGCUGAAAGUCGGAUUCAGUUAUUCGUAUUCCGUCGCGUCGGCCAAAGCCCAGGGCCUAAGUCAGACAGCGCCGGAUGGAUACUGUGGAUACUGGACAUUCAUCCCAAUGUAUUGGGCCUCGUAUGGAUCGUUAACGCACGCGAGUCUCUUUACCUCCGCAGCACUCCCAUUCACAGGAAUGGUGCCGACAACCCAUUGCAACCGCGAUGCUGUGACGAAGAAGGUGUAUAAUUACAAGCCGGUGUUCGAUACGUCUGGGAAUCCGGUCGGCGAGACUGUGUUUGUAAAGAAGAAUUGUGUGACACAUAAGAAGCUAUGUGGGGUAAAGCAGGCACCGGUAUAUACGCAACAGUUCGAGCCUGAUCUCAAAGAUUCAACGAAAGGAUGGAUGUACACGGAUGAUAAGGGCUGCGAGGUGGAUGCUGGGGUGGCGAUGCCGGCGAGCGCAAUGUCAACGACGAGCGCACUUCCUUCCGCACCUACGAUAGCUGUUGGAGCGAAAUGUGGGAAUAAUGGUGAGUGCGACGCAGGUCAGAUAUGUAAUUCGGGGAGAUGCGCGGAGAAUACGUGGAAGCCGACUGGGAGAGCGAUGUAA